AUGACGCCUUCAAUAGUUCUCCAUCCCGCAUCGGGUGUCUCAUCACAGAAGAAGGAGCUUCUCAAGCCAAAGGAAGAUCCUGCGCAGGCCUACCGCAUUCGUUAUGCGCAGUACCUCGCAGCCACCUUUGGCUUCUCGAUGCAGGCUGCGCUCGCCGAGGCGGAUUGCCAGCUCGCGCCGAGACGCUCGUCAAGUUCGAGCAUGUCGGAAGCUGAGUCGUUACGCGCGAUUUGA